AUGAUGGAUAGUCAAUAUUCGGCGCUUGAAGCACGCUCGAAAGAAGUAGAUGGUACGAAGGCCGUCGCUAGCAAAAAGAGCCGAUUGAUUGUAGCUGAAAGCAAGUGUGUGAAGUUAUCGUCCACUCGUUGGGACAUUGAAGAUGAAGCAAGUGUUCUGUGCAGCAUCGGCAUUGGCAUCCGCUACUUCAACCUGACUGACCGUUCGUUUGAUAAUAAUCGAAGAGCUCGAGAUCUAGUGUCAAGUAUUGAGCACGCAAACCAUGGCUCAGCAGCAGCCGUCUAUGACGACGAAGUACUGACUUUGUUGCACAAUACUCUCGACGAGCAACACAACGAGGUUAUUGCUGGACGCUUGAAUGUCAACGACGCGAACCAUUGCCUCGAAGCACAAUGGAAAGGCUCUUUAUACAUCAUUCCUCGUCGCUCUGCGUUUUAUGCUGGGGACGUGAACUUUGUCUUCAAACUGGUUCAUGGUAAACAGUUUAUUUCCACUGUAUCUGUUUAUAAUAAUCUUAUCGUUGGUGCUUGUCCUCUUUUGUUUCUUUUUAGUAUAAAUUUCAACUGUUUUGUUUAUCUUGCUAAAAUAGGCUUGUUUAUGGUUUACGAAGUUAUUUGUGAUUCUAAUCAAGCAAAAAAAAUAAGUUAACU